AUCUCUGAAUUGUUCUUUGCAUUGUUAAUUUUUGAGAUCAUAAAUUAUAUCCACAUGCAAAAUAAUAAUAAAAAAGCAUCUUAUAUUUCUUUUUUAUCUUAUAUACCUCUCAAAGAAAGCAAAAACAAAUAAUUUCUUGUCUCCUAGGAGCAACCACAAGCCCCCCACUUUCUUUCAUUAAUAUGGACUAAAUUCAACCUCUGUUCAUCAUCCCUUUCCCCCACUCUCUCGCCCUCCGAAGAAAAACCAAACGCCUGAUCAAGAACCAUGAGGUCCAAAAACCAAUCGCCCAUUAACAUCAAGAUCAUCAUCCUCGGUUUAUUCUUUCUCCUCUUCCUUUUGGUGAUUGCUUGGUCAAGUUACUCGUCUCCCAGACCAAAUUCAUCCCCCAAAGCAGAAAAUGAUGAUCUAUCAGAUUCAUCAAAUCUGUCCACUGAUGAAGAAGAACCAAAACCAUCAACAGCAGCCUGUCCUUCUCUUCCAUUGACGCCGACAUGCACCAAGAUCCCACCUUCUUUAGCCAACGCUCUUGUCCAUUAUGUGACAACAAACAUCACCCCACAACAAACCCUCAAGGAAAUCUCAGUCUCAUUAAGGGUCCUCGAAAAAAAGUCACCUUGCAACUUCCUAGUCUUUGGCCUUGGCCAUGACAGUCUAAUGUGGACAUCUCUAAAUCACGGCGGCCGCACUGUUUUCCUGGAAGAGGACAAGGCCUGGAUUGAGCAGAUCAGAGAGAAACUGCCCACCUUGGAGUCCUAUCAUGUGACAUACGACACCAGAGUUCAUCAGGCAGAUGGGCUCAUGGAGACAGGAAUGGGAGAUGAAUGCAAAGUAGUCGGUGAUCCAAGAUUCUCCAAGUGUCAGCUUGCCCUUAAAGGGUUCCCUGGUGAUAUCUAUGAUGUGGAAUGGGACUUGAUCAUGGUGGAUGCACCUACUGGGUACCAUGAUGAGGCUCCAGGGAGAAUGAAUGCAAUCUACACAGCUGGAUUGAUGGCUAGAAACAGAGAAAAUGGAGUGACUGAUGUGUUUGUGCAUGAUGUUGAUAGAGUUGUGGAGGAUAAAUUCUCCAAGGCUUUUCUUUGUGAAGGAUACUUGACUGAGCAAGAAGGGAGGUUAAGGCACUUCAUUAUUCCUACUCAUAGAACUAGUUCGGGAAAACCUUUUUGUCCAUAGAGGUUUCUCAUCUCUCUUUUCUGCUUAAAUUUGCUGUUAUUAAUUGUUUAUCUUGAUCUUUGUUUCUUGUCAUAUAAAAUAUAAAUUACCGGGCAAAGGUUUUUUUUA